UCUCCUCUACUGUUUCCCUCUCUGCAUUCUGCACCGGGCUGUCUUUCAUUCCUUGGCUUCUUUGUUUGCCCAUCGAUUUCUCAAAACUGUUACUUACUCAAUGGCGGGUCGAGGAAAAACCUUAGGAUCUGGCGCUGCCAAGAAGGCUACAUCCCGAAGCAGUAAAGCGGGUCUGCAAUUCCCUGUUGGUCGUAUUGCUCGGUUCUUGAAGGCCGGGAAGUAUGCGGAGCGUGUCGGUGCCGGAGCCCCCGUUUACCUGGCUGCUGUUCUCGAAUAUCUCGCCGCUGAGGUUCUUGAGUUGGCUGGAAACGCUGCAAGAGAUAACAAGAAAACUCGUAUCGUGCCACGACACAUUCAAUUGGCGGUUAGGAACGAUGAAGAGCUUAGCAAGCUCUUGGGGGAUGUGACGAUCGCCAAUGGAGGUGUUAUGCCCAACAUCCACAACUUACUACUUCCUAAAAAGACCGGUACGUCCUCAAAGGGCGCUGGUGGCGACGACGAUUCUUAAAUUGGAGCGAGGCCAUAUGCAUUUUUGUUUUUUCACAUCGACUGUCCAAUUAGUCUUUUCCCCCUUUCAAAACUUGUAGUUUGAAACAGAGCUUGAUCUUUGUUUUUCUUCUCCGGAUUAUAUGUAGUUGCAGCUAAAUUUCAGUUAGUGAUGUGAAUAUAGUGUUCCUUAGCUUAUCUGAUAAUUAGUGAAUGUUUUUCCUCUGACGACCUCUGACUUGAAUGUCUAAUUCGUACUGCCAUUUGAAAUAUCCGAACCGGAAAUUGUUGAAA